GGGUAACUCAAGAGAAUUUUCCAUAUAAAUAGCCCUGAUGGGACUAGAAAUCGUCACACUUUUAAGUGAUCUUACGAGUGUGACAAAAUGAGGAUCUUUUCAGUGACCGUUCUGUGUUUGUGCUAUAGUGGAAUUCUUGGAGAUCUUGAUUGGUGGAAAACUGCCAAUAUCUAUCAAAUUUAUCCGAGGUCCUUUAAGGAUUCAAACGGUGAUGGAAUAGGUGAUCUCAAUGGGAUUACCGAAAGGCUGCCUUAUUUAAAAGACUUAGGGAUUCAUGCUGUAUGGCUGUCUCCAAUUUUUAAAUCCCCAAUGGCUGAUUUUGGCUACGACAUCUCUGACUUCUACGAUAUCCAACCGGAAUAUGGAACUAUCCAAGACUUUGAACAUCUUCUAAAAGUAGCUCAUGAUCUUAAUGUAAGAGUUCUUCUUGAUUUUGUGCCUAAUCAUUCAAGUGAUCAAAAUGAAUGGUUUAUAAAGUCGGCAAAUCGAGAUCCAGACUUUGUGGACUACUAUGUGUGGCGUGAUGGAAAGGAGGAUUCUUCUAAUCCUACCAAAAGGCUUCCACCCACUAAUUGGAUUAGUUUAUUCCGUGGAAGUGCUUGGAAAUGGCAUGAAGGAAGAGGACAAUUUUACCUUCAUCAGUUUGCUUAUCAACAGCCCGAUUUGAACUACAGAAAUCCGAAAGUUGUAGCUCAAAUGAAGGAUGUCUUAAGAUUCUGGCUCAACAAAGGUGUUGAUGGGUUCCGCAUAGAUGCUGUUUGGACAGUCUUUGAAAUAGCUCCAGAUAGUGAUGGAAAUUUUCCAGACGAACCUUUAAGUGAAAAUUCUAAUGAUCCAGAUGAUCCAGGGUACUUGAAACACAUUUAUACGCAAAAUCAGCCAGAAACAGUGGAUAUGGUUUAUCAGUGGCGUGAACUACUUGAAGAAUUUACUAGCAAGGAUCAGAAUACUAGACUUAUGCUAACUGAGGCAUAUGCAGAUGUUGACAUUGUUAUGACCUAUUACGGGGAUGGUGUACGAAAAGGAUCACACGUUCCUUUCAAUUUCAAUAUGAUUACUGAUCUUCACAAUGCCUCAAAUGCUGUUGAUUUUCAUCGACUUAUUCGUGUAUGGUUGGACAAACUUCCUAAAGAUUGUGUUGCAAAUUGGGUCAUUGGGAACCACGACCAAAAACGUGUAGGAUCGAGAUUUGGUACCCACAGAAUUGAUGUCAUUAACAUGAUGCUCAAUACCCUUCCUGGGAUUAGUAUUACGUACAAUGGCGAAGAAAUUGGGAUGACAGACGUUUUUAUGACUUGGGAGGAGACAGUCGAUCCUGCUGCAUGCAAUUCGAACCCUCAGAUCUAUGAAGGGCUGUCUAGGGAUCCGGCACGAACUCCCUUCCAAUGGGAUGAUUCUACCAGUGCGGGAUUUUCAACAAAUCCGAAAACUUGGCUUCCGGUUUCUCCUCUGUACAAAGAAGUCAAUGUUAAAGUUGAACGUUCAUCUCCGAAAAGUCACUACAAAAUCUACCGAAAGCUUCUUCAAUUGAGGCGAACACCCACUCUUCAGAAGGGAAACGUUGAAACCCGAACUCAUGGGGAGAAUGUACUGUCUAUCACUCGAAGUCUUCCUGGUGAGGAUACCUAUAUCACAGUGGUGAACAUUGGACCUGAUCAUGAAGUGGUUGACCUGCGUGAGCUAUUUCCUGGACGAUUAACUUUCCAUAUCAUUUCCUUGACAUCGAAAAGACGAGAAGGAGUUGCUGUUAGGGGACCAAUCUUGGACUUAGAUCCACAUGAAGGAGUCAUCUUGAAAGGAUCCGCAUUUCAUUGAUGAUUCUUAGUUCAAUGUAAUUAAAUAAAAAUACUUUUGACGAACUAAAUCAAAAA